AUGGCGCCCAAGAAGAAACCCGGUGCUGCCACCCAGCCGUCCUCCUCGAAGGCCCCACGGCACGCGACCACCGAUGCCGCGGGGGCUACGGGGACGCCUAGGGAUGUGGACGCUGCGGGGGAUGUGGUCGACGCUUGCUUCGUCGUCAUCACCUCCCUUGUGGCCGAAACAGGAGCAGGAGGCACCGGAGAAGGACAACACCAACAGCAUCCCAACGGCCACACUCUACAAGGUACGGGUGGAGAAAUCAUUCCGUCUGCACCUCUCUGCCCGGCCGAAGGGCACAGCCACAGUGGUGGCACUUGCUCUGGGGCGAAUCGCAAUCCUCCGACCGCCCAUACUGCGGGCGCGACCUCAGGACAUGCACCACCCCCGGAGCAAGCUGACCCAGCCAAUGCACCAAAUGGAGCCGCUGGUCCACAAGCACCUCCACCUCGUCACCACGCCAUCUUGGCGACUGGCUCAUGA